AUGACAGUGAUUAGCAACGUUUUGGGGGUGCAGAUCCCAUAUUUGGCCGAGGUCGCCGCUAUCAUGCUCAUAGCGCAUGGCUUGGCUUACCUUUUGACAAUGUUUUACUUUGCCAGGAAGCAUAAGUUUUCCAUUCCAGGCCCAAAGUUUGUGACACCACUUCUCGGUGGGCUGGUAAUGAUGAUGAAGGACCCUUACACCUUUUGGGAGAAACAACGCCGCUACUGCCCGAGUGGAUACAGUUGGCUGUCGAUUCUGAACCAGUUUACUGUCUUCGUCACUCGUGCUGAUUUGUGCCACAAAAUAUUCGCUACCAACAGUGAAAAUACGCUAACACUUCAGCUGCACCCCAACGGGAGGAUUAUACUUGGCGAUAACAAUAUAGCGUUUCAAUGCGGUCCACGGCACAAGGCCCUUCGUGCGAGCUUCUUGAAUCUUUUUGCGACGAAGGCGCUUUCUUUGUAUCUUCCUAUCCAGGAACGUCUUAUUCGCGAACAUUUGGCAGAGUGGGUUAAGAAGUACCCAUUUGAGGGCAAACCAGAGGAAAUGCGUGGUCACAUACGUGAAUUGAACUGUAAAACUUCCCAAACGGUCUUUGUCGGUGAGCACCUUCUUGACCCUGAAGAGUUUACUCGUAACUACAACAUUAUCACGGUGGGAUUUCUUUCUCUUCCCUUAUAUUUUCCCGGAACUGCCCUGUACAAGGCGGUUCAGGCUCGAAAAAAGGUUGUGGAUGAACUAAAAGCUGCUGUAAUUCGAAGCAAGGCUCGUAUGUCUCUUCCAGAUGCAGAGGCUCAUUGUGUGCUUGAUUUCUGGAGUGCGACAAUACUGGAGACCUUAAAAGCUUGUGAGGAUGAGGGUGUGGAUCCACCUCCAUUUGCUUCGGAUGAUGCAAUGGCAGAGACCUUACUGGAUUUUUUGUUUGCGUCACAGGAUGCAUCCACCGCCAGUCUCGUCAUGAUCACCGCCACAAUGGCUGAUCGGCCUGAUGUUUUGGAACGAGUCCGUCAGGAGCAAACGAAAUUGUGUGCGGGGGACGAGCCCUUGACAUUUGAUUUGGUACAGGAAAUGACUUUUACCCGACAAUGUGUCCUGGAGCAACUUCGUCUUUUUCCACCGGCGCCGAUGGUGCCCAUGAAGGCCCAUUCCGAUUUUGUCAUUGACGGCCAUUACACGGUGCCCAAAGGCAGUCUUAUCAUACCGUCACUUGUGGGAGCUUGCCGCGAGGGGUUUCCAAAUCCCGACGUAUACGAUCCGGAUCGUAUGGGGUCUGAACGCCAAGAAGACCGAAAAUUUGCUAAGCAAUUUAUUCCCUUUGGUGUUGGCCCGCAUCGAUGUGUUGGCUACAAUUAUGCCAUUAACCACCUGACGGUUUAUCUGGCACUAGUUGCCCGACUAGCUGAAUGGAGGCGAACACGCACUCCAAAUUCUGAUAAGGUUAUUUACCUCCCCACUCUUUACCCGCAUGACUGUCUAUGCACUUGGAGGCACCGUGAGGGUCUGAAGGCGGGAAAAUAG